AUGCUAAGGGCCUUAGGAUUUAAAUCUUCACCGGCUCUCUCUAAUGAGGAGAUGAACCAGAAAAUUGCAACGCAAGCUUUACAGUUGGAGAAAGCAUUGAAGGCAAUGGACUAUGUCUUGGACGAUCGGGCAAAUGAGGCAUACGAUCUCUUGAAUGAUCAUGACACAGUGGCAAUUUCUCAAUUGGCUUAUGGGGUUUGCCUAUUUUUAGAAGCAACAUUGGGUUUUGAACAAGAUACAAUGAAGAAGGCAUCUGAAAUUUUAUCAAAGGCAGAGUCCUUGUCUCUAAAGGAGAAAUCAUUUGCUGAGAAAAAUCAAAUAAAGUCAUCGCAAAUUUAUCCGCCGGGGACUGAAUUUGCCGUUGCAUAUGCAGAAUCAAAUUUGCUUAAUGCUUUAUUGAUGUUAUUAAGUGAAAAUUUUAUGGAAGGUGCAAAAGCUUUACUUAAAUUAAGAAGAGCUUAUCAAACUCUUGAUUCAAUUAAGAAAAAUUUGGAUUUUGAUUCCAAUUCUCCCUCUGCUUCAUUGGCCGAUUUAAGUAGCUAUUCAUCUUUCCAAGUGGAACAUAAUGAUGCAUCAUUUGUUGAUUUACCAUUAACAAUGACUGACCAAGAAGUUAAAGAUCAAAAAAUCAUUGAUGAUUUGGAUAGGGUAUAUCAUAUGAGACUCUCCAGAAUUAACGGUUCCCACAUUGGGAACCCCCCUGUAUCGGAAUCGUUACAAUCCGAAUUAGGUGGUGACAGUAAUAAUAACUUGAAUGAUAAGGACGUUCUUAAAUUGGGUAACCCAAGCAUCUCCUCUGUUGAUGAAUAUAUUCACUCAGGUGUUAAUCUAUGUUUUGGUAUCUUACAGGUGGUUUUGUCCUUGAUUCCUCCAGCCAUUGGUAAGGUCUUGUCUGUUGUUGGUUUCAAAGGUUCCAGAGAAGUCGGGUUGAAAAUGGUUUGGAAUGCGGCAAUGGAACGUAAUAUUCAUGGUGGUAUUGGUUUAUUGGCAUUGUUAGUUUUCUAUGAUGGACCUUUUCAAUUCACCGAUGUGGAUUUUGAUAUUCCUUCAUCCUCGGAAUUAAAUAAGAGUAACUCUUCUUUAAUGAGGGAAAAUGAUGAUAAAUUGAAGAAAAUCAAAACAAAUUCUUCGAGCUUUUCAAGGAAGGAAAUAGUAGAGGAGAAAAUCCAACUUGAAAGAAUGGCAUCAAUGAACCACGGUGAAACUUUGCUACAUCCAGGCGAAAAACUGGUCAAGGUGUUAUUGCAUGCAAGAGCUUUGUUCCCUCAUAGUAAUCUAUGGUUAUUACAAGAAUCCCGUAUGCUUGCCUCGAGGGGUAAGUUGAACGAAGCAGUUAAGCUGAUGGAUACGGCAAAGCCUUCACAAAUGAAACAAGUCGAUGCAUUACUGGGAUUUGAUAGGUGCAUGAUCUUGGUCUUUUUACAUGAUUUUGAUCGAGCAGGUCAAGACUUUCUUGACUUGAUGAAAGUCAACUCGUACUCUCAUGCCCUUUAUACUUGGUUUGCAGCAGCUUGUUAUUUGGAAGCAUAUAGGAUGUGUAAGACUGGUCUUAUUCCAAAAGGUUCAGAUGUUGAUCCAAAGAAAGUUGAUAGUUAUGCUAGUCUGGCAGAUAGAUAUCUACACGAAGCGCCAAAGUUGAUCGGUAAAAAGAAAUUCUUGUCCAAGAUCCCUCCUUUUGAGAAGUUCAUUGGUCGGAAGUAUAAAGAACUAGAGGAAGCACAAAGAAGAAAUCCAAAGAUACCUUUCAUUGACUGUAUUCAAACGUCGCUAGUUCAUGAGUUGGCUUACUUUUGGAACGGAUACAACAGAAUGUCUCAGGAACAUCUCGAAUUAUCCAUCAAAUUACUAGGAUAUUCUGCCCUGUCAUCUGCAUCAUUACCAUCGUCGUCCUCAGCAGCAUCCAUUUCAGCAUCCGCAGCAUCUACAACAGGCUCUCCAAAUGACCUCGUAUCUUCAAUGUCAAGCAUGUCAAUUAAAUCCAACAAUUCAUUAUCUUUAUCUUCUUCCCCAAUCACGUUGGCAUUGAAAGAUUCCAAUGGAAAACCAUUUGCAAAAGUCCCUGAAAAUAAGGAACAGAGAAUGAUAAGGAUCAUGUUCCAAUCCAUUGCAUUACGUAGAUUAGGCUACAUCACCGAGGGAAUGGAAAUCUUGGAUAAAAUUGUGAUAUCUCAAUUGGUCAACUCCAGUGGUAAAACCACUAAGCUAUCAGACAACCCAUACCUCUAUCCAACCGCAUUAUAUGAACGUGCUUUAUUCACUUGGAAAUUAAAGGGCGCUGAUGGAUUGCCAGAGUGCAUGAAAUGGCUAACAUUGUCCCAGAAUUACCAUAAUGAUGAUUAUGAACUGAGUACCAGAACAGGAAUGAAAACAAAGGCUGCCAUUGAUAGACUAGAAGAUUUGAACUACUAA